CUAGACUAGAGGGGGCUAUGGAUAAAUAUACAAGCGAUAAAGUAAACCGAGACGCGAAGCCUAGAAAAUAGCAGAUAAGAAAAAACACAACAAAGUGUCAUGCCCCUCCCAUGUGGAAGAGAAUAGAAGGCGGGAAUAAAUAAAUAUCAAAAUAAUUUGUCGCUGUAGGUUUGAGAUUGUUUGCGCCAACGGAAAUUAUUCAUUUCAAGCCUCGCUAGCUUUUAAUGCCACUAAAUGCGGACCGACUGUUUGUCGCUGGAAAAGGUUGGUUGGACGUUGAGGGCUGUGCGUUUGUUAGAUGGAAAGUUCUAUCAUCACUCAAGUGCAGAGAGAGGAUACUCGGUUGUCUUCGAAAACAGAUCAGGUGAAUAAAAGUUCGCCUCAGAAACCUGGGAGUCGGAAUAUCUUCAAAAAGCUCAUCUGUUGCCUUCGAGCUCAAGAUGCCCAGCUGCCAACUUCACCUACCCAUGAUGCCUUGCUAGAGCCUGAGGACAAUGGGACCUUUGCCAAAAUACCAGGCGAGAGUCUGCUGCCAGCAGUGACCUCUCACGACCAGGGGAAGAUCUGUGUGGUCAUAGAUCUGGAUGAAACACUGGUGCACAGCUCCUUUAAGCCAAUAAGCAAUGCAGAUUUCAUUGUGCCUGUGGAGAUUGAGGGGACCACACACCAGGUGUAUGUGUUGAAGAGGCCGUACGUGGAUGAGUUUCUCCAGCGGAUGGGGGAACUGUUUGAAUGUGUUCUGUUCACUGCUAGCCUUGCUAAGUAUGCAGACCCUGUGACAGACCUGCUGGAUCAGUGCGGUGUGUUUCGGACGCGCCUCUUCCGUGAAUCUUGUGUCUUCUAUCAAGGCUGUUAUGUGAAAGACCUGAGUCGCCUUGGCCGUGAGCUCCACAAAACCCUGAUCCUGGACAACUCUCCUGCCUCCUACAUCUUCCACCCUGAGAACGCUGUUCCAGUACUGUCGUGGUUUGACGAUUCGGAGGACACCGAGCUGCUUCACCUCAUCCCAGUAUUUGAAGAGUUAAGCCAAGCUGAAGACGUCUACAGCAGACUCCAACAACUCAGGGCUCCAUAAUCCAUACGCUAAACCUCCAUGUUGAGUAGCACUGACUGCCAAUCAGACUCAAACAGCAACGCAAACGGUAAGCCAAGAGGAAAAAAAGAAACAGAGGCCAGAGCUUGCCUUUUGCAAUAACGAUUUACGAUUUUUAUAUUCCUUUUUUACUUUUCUAUUCAUUUUUUAAGUUUAUAAGGACAUGUGUUGGGAGAUUAAAACACUUGACAGGGUCUAAUCAAGUCCAGAAUGCGCAACAGUGAAGCUGAAGCCGCUGUAUUUUGUUACUCAGCUCCGCACAACUGACUUGAGGCCAGUCUCUCGCUCUCUCUAUGCAAGAUCUACCUGAACUCAACCUCACUUUUAUCAGCAUUUAUAAUCAUCUUCUUAGUGUAUUCCCAAUUCUAGCAAAGGCCAGAGAAAAUGAGAACUGGAUCACACGUCAUGCUAUGCAUUUUUUUUUUUCCAUAAAUGCAAAUGUGACACCAAGCACCCGUUCAUCCUUGAGUCUUAUUCAUUUAAGCAAGGCCUUGUUUACUUUUCUACGGUCACUGAGGUGACUAUCGUUUUUUAAAAACACUGUUAUAUGUGAAUUAUGACUACAUACAUACCUUGACACUUCCUGUAUUCAUCUUAAAGUGGCCUUAUCUCUGCUUCAAGUGUACUUGAUGGGAAGCAGAAUUAACACCACGGAAUGAACCAAAGAGAUUUAUCUAGUUCAGUCUCUCUGCUGUAUUUCUGCAGACAAUUUACUUGUGUGUUUUCUCAUCUUAUUUGUAUAUUUGGUCGAACUUGAAUUGAACUUGAAAUGUCCAUCUCUGAUGCAGAUCAGAUUCUCCAUCGUGUAUUAUUUAAAGACCAUCAUGUUUUUAUUAUGAGUUGUUUUUACUGUAGCACAAGCAUUUUAAAAAUGGCCAUGAUUUUUAUAGACACAACAAAGUGUUGCCUUUCUGUUCUAAAAUGUGCCCUGAUAAGGCCUGUGUUAUCAUAUUUUUGACUUUUGUAUUGAUGACAAUAAAUUUUUCUCUGUGCAA